AUGGUUCUCAAUAAGCAUUUCCACCAACCGCCCGUGAUGCACCCUAAGAAACGGCCAGAUAUUACGCAAAGAAAUGUCGAUUCUUUAUUCCAGUCUCCAGAGUUCCAAGAUGCGGUCGCGCGGCGUCUGGCAGGAGCUGUCCAGAUCCCUACGGUGACUUAUGACAGCAUGGAGUCGGUGGGCAAAGAUCCCCGGUGGGAGAUCUUCUACAAGUUCUCCGACUAUAUCAAGGAGACGUUUCCAAGAGUAUAUCAGUCACUCACGGUCGAGGUUAUCAAUGAGCAUGCAUUGCUAUAUACGUGGCCUGGCUCUGAAAAGGACCUAAAGCCCCUACUUUUCAUGGCACACUCGGAUGUCGUCCCUGCAGGAGAGUCAACUACCAAACAAUGGACGUACCCUCCGUUCUCUGGCAUCUACGACGGAGAGUUCAUCUGGGGCCGCGGCUCAGAGGACGAUAAAUCCAACUUCAUCGCCAUGCUUACAGCCAUUGAUUGUUUGCUAGAAUGCGACUUCAAGACAGAGCGGACCCUGGUGCUCGCUGUGGGCUUCGAUGAGGAAGGCGGUGCUGAACAGAGCUACGGCGCCAGGUGCCUUGCAGAGAAAUUGAUGGACAGAUACGGACAAAAUGGUGUUGAACUGAUUUUCGACGAAGGUAUUGCGGGCAUCGAGCAUCGGUUCGGGACGGACUUUGCCUUGCCCGCAACAGCUGAAAAGGGCUACAUCGAUGUCACCGUCACGGUAACUGUUCCGGGAGGCCACUCCUCGACACCGCCAGAUCAUACUGCCAUUGGUUUCCUGGCGCAAGUUAUCACCCUCAUCGAAGAUCAUCCCUUCAAGUCGCAGCUUGUGCGGCAGAACCCAACGUUAGCCUUUCUUCGACAGGCGGCGCUCUUCUCUAAAAGCAUGCCGGAAGAGUUGCGGGAUGCUAUCCUCGGUGCCCACUCCCACAAGAAGCUGCUUGAAUACAUGGACGAGGAUCGGGACAGACGAGCCAUGGUUCGAACAUCAACAGCCGUUGACGUGGUACAGGGUGGUGAUAAAGUGAACUCGUUGCCGGAAAGUGCAACCGUUCUAAUCAACCAUCGUAUCGCCAUCCAGGACUCUGUUCAAGCGGUCAAGGAUCAUUACUUCAACUUACUUUCUCCCUGGGCCAAGAAGUGGAAUUUUAGUCUGGAUGCGUUCGGGGAGCGGAAGCAGGCCAAGAACAUUACCGCUCAGUCCAUUGCUAUUAAUGAACACGGAGCUCUCACACUGACAGCCGCAUAUGAACUGGAUUCCUCUCCAGUUUCGGACUCGGAAGACCCCAGAUUCAGAUGGUUGGCAGGAACCAUCAAAGGCGUGUUUGGUGAAGCAGUGGUUGUCGCCCCGGAAUUACUCAGUGGGAACACUGAUACAAGAUAUUACUGGGAUCUGUCGCCGCAAAUAUAUCGCAUGUCCCCAUGGCGAGCUAGUCAUGAUCCACGGGGUACUCGUAUGCACACGGUCGACGAGAGAAUGCCGGUCAAGGGACUGAUGGAAAUGGUGAAGUUCUAUCAUGAGUUUAUCCGCAUAGUUGACGAGGUGAGGGUAUGA